AUGCCCGGAAGUCAUGCCCCGGAAGUCAUGCCCCGGAAGUCAUGCCCCGGAAGUCAUGCCCAGGAAGUCAUGCCCAGGAAGUCAUGCCCAGGAAGUCAUGCCCAGGAAGUCAUGCCCAGGAAGUCAUGCCCAGGAAGUCAUGCCCAGGAAGUCAUGCCCAGGAAGUCAUGCCCAGGAAGUCAUGCCCAGGAAGUCAGUCAUUGCCCAGGAAGUCAUUGCCCAGGAAGUCAUGCCCAGGAAGUCAUGCCCAGGAAGUCAUGCCCAGGAAGUCAUGCCCAGGAAGUCAUGAUCCGGGAGGCGUGCCCCAGAAGUCGUGCCCCGGAAGUCGUGCCCCGGAAGUCAUGUCCCGGAAGUCACGCUCCGGAAGUCAUGCCCAGGAAGUCAUGCCCAGGAAGUCAUGCACAGGAAGUCAUGCCCAGGAAGUCAUGCCCAGGAAGUCAUGCCCAGGAAGUCAUGCCCAGGAAGUCAUGCCCAGGAAGUCAUGCCCAGGAAGUCAUGCCCAGGAAGUCAUGCCCAGGAAGUCAUGCCCAGGAAGUCAUACCAAGCAAAUCAUGCCCAUGA